CUAUGGUUGUUAGCUUACCAUCCAAAGAGUUAAAGACAAUACACAGAAUCUAAACAGAGAAGGUGCUGCAAGCAACAAAUCAGGAAAUCUUUGCUUACAUUCAGACUAAAAGACUGAUGCAGGUAAAGCACAGACAGGACACAAUGGGCAAGAAGGUUGCUGUGAUUGGAGCUGGAGCCAGUGGUCUGGUUGCCAUUAAAUCUUGUCUGGAUGAAGGUUUGGAACCUACCUGCUUUGAGAAAUCUGAUGACAUUGGUGGUCUAUGGAGGUUCAAAGAAGAUCCCGAAGAAGGCAGAGCAAGUAUCUACAAGUCUGUUAUUAUUAACACGUCCAAAGAGAUGAUGUGUUACAGUGAUUUUCCCAUUCCUGAUGAUUUCCCAAAUUAUAUGCACAACUCUAAGAUCUUCAAUUAUUUCAAAAUGUAUGCUGAGCAUUUCCAGCUGACAAAAUACAUCCAGUUCAAGACAAUCGUUUGUAGCAUAAAGAAGCGUCCAGACUUUUCUACAACCGGCCAGUGGGAUGUUGUCACUGAAAAUGAGGGCAAGCAGGCAACGGCUGUAUUUGAUGCUGUCCUAGUUUGCAGUGGACACCACACAAAUGCCCAUCUCCCGCUGGAUUCUUUCACAGGCAUUGAGAAGUUUAAAGGACAGUACAUACAUAGUCGAGAUUACAAAGAUCCGGAAGCAUUUAAAGGAAAAAGAGUGAUCGUAGUCGGAAUUGGCAACUCUGGCGGUGACAUUGCAGUGGAGCUCAGUAGGACAGCUGAACAGGUCUUUUUAAGUACCAGAAGAGGAUCCUGGGUUUUGAAUCGGGUCUCGGACUAUGGUUAUCCCGUGGACAUGAUUGUCCUUACUCGAUUCUUAAAUACUCUUAAACACUUAUUACCUACUUCCUUACUGAACUGGAUUGGCGAAUCCGAGAUAAAUAAGAGAUUUGACCAUGCUACUUAUGGCCUGAAACCUAAACACAGAAUAUUUAGCCAGCACCCGAUGGUGAAUGAUGAUCUUCCAAACCGUAUUAUUGCGGGUACAGUGGUCAUAAAGUCUAACGUGGUCAAAUUCACUGAAACAGAUGCCAUUUUUGAAGACGGAAGUGUGGAGAAAAACAUUGAUGCUGUAAUUUUUGCAACUGGCUAUAGCUUUGAUUUUCCUUUCUGUGAACAUCUCAGAGUCCAAAAGAACAAGAUCUCCUUGUAUAAAUAUGUUUUCUCUCCAGAGCUUGAAAAACAAACCCUAGCUGUCAUUGGCUUAAUACAGCCACUUGGUGCCAUAAUGCCUAUUUCAGAACUCCAGUGCCGGCUUGCUACCAGGGUUUUCAAUGGUAAUCAGUUACUGCCAUCUGUUAGUGCCAUGAAGGAAGAUAUCCAGAGAAAGAAGGAAGAAAUGGAAAACCGCUAUGUGAGCAGCCAACGCCACACCAUACAAGUGGACUAUAUGGAAUAUAUGGAUGAACUUGCAGAGUUAUUAGGCGUAAGACCAAACAUAGCAAGCCUUUUUUUUACUGAUCCAAAGCUAGCCUGGCAAGUUUUUUUUGGACCAUGUACACCGUACCAGUAUCGGCUUUUUGGGCCUGGAAAGUGGGACAAGGCAAGGAAAGCCAUCCUGACUCAAUGGAAUCGAGCUUUGAAACCACUGAGAACUCGACAUAUAGACUCUCCCAAAGGAAGUCCUAUAGUGAAUUUAAUCAUUAUAGGGAUAGUGGUGCUUCUUGCCGCUGUUGUCUUUUACUAUUGAUUGGAAGUAGGAUAAAUUAUAUAAUAUUCUGCAAGGGUUAACCAUAUUUGCCUAUUUCAAAGUGAGAUGACUACUUUUAGGACUUUUCCUAUUCUAUUGAAUUGUGUAUCAGUAAAUACAGUAAUGACAACUGAAUGUGUCUUCUUUGAAGAAGUCCUACUUCUAAAAGUUGAACGAUUUUUUUUUCUGCUUUACACAUAUUGACAUAUUCUAUCUUUACUUUUAAGAAACAAAAUGUAAAUGCGUU